AUGGCACCGAAUCCACGCAAAAGGAAGGCUGUUACUCGCGAUGUGCCUGCCGCCAGUAACUCAGAGGAAGAGCUGGCCGAUGGCCUGCUGGAUGGCAUCUUGUCGCACAGCGAAGGCGAGUCCGAUGCUGAUCAUGAAGAAGAUGCAGAGAGCGACACCAGCAGUGUCAUAGAAGGCUUGUCCGAUGAAGACGAGGAGGACGAGGAGGACGGUGCUGCCUUCUCCGACACUGACCCCAAAGACGGAGAAGGGGAUAUCCGCGAACAGAUGCGCAAACUAACCACAAGAGAUGCAACUGUGCGGCUCAGUGGUGUUGACCAUGCCCUCGAUCGCGACUCUCGCCCGCUAGCGGAUGGUGAGCUGGAUGAGCAGGACGACGAAAGCCUUCAACGCAACUACACCGUUACGACCGACGCAAAUGGCAACCCACGCUAUUUGUACAGAGAAAUCGACCCCGUUUACGAAUCAGACGACUCAGAUGCCCCGGAGACGACCAAUACGAUAGGCAAUAUCCCGCUCACAUACUACGACGAGUAUCCGCAUAUCGGUUACGACAUCAAUGGCAAGAAAAUUCAGCGCCCUGCAAAGGGCGAGGCGUUAGAUGCUCUGCUAGAUCAAAUCGACAUACCAAAGGGAUGGACUGGGUUGACAGACCCCGCCACCGGGAAGCCGCUAAACCUUUCGGAAGAGGAACUGGACGUCUUGAAGAGGCUCACCAGAAAUGAAGUGGUUGAAGAUGGCUACGACCCCUACCCAGAAAUGGUGCACUACUUCUCCGGCAAGCUGGAAGUCAUGCCACUAAGCGCUGCACCGGAGCCAAAGCGGCGUUUUGUGCCUUCCAAGCAUGAAGCCAAACGGGUCAUGAAGAUUGUGAAAGCAAUCAGAGAAGGCCGAAUCCAACCUUACAAGCCCCCGUCCGAGGAGGAAGAGGAAGAGGAGCGGGUGUAUUAUGAUGUUUGGGCCGAUGAGAAGCCGCGUCCCGAGAAUUCCAUGCACCUCGCUGCACCUAAAUUGCCACCACCUGGCUACGAUGCAAGCUACCACCCUCCUCGGGAGUACCUUCCCGAUAAGAACGAGGAAGCUGCUUGGCUGGCGGCUGACGAGGAAGAUCGGGAGAAAGAUUAUCUUCCCAAGAAUUACGAAGCUUUGAGGAAGGUGCCAGGCUACGAACGUUUCGUGAAGGAAAGGUUUGAGCGCAGCCUUGAUCUGUACCUGGCCCCGCGAGUACGGCGAAAUAAGCUCAACAUCGAUCCAGAGUCGCUCCUUCCCAAACUUCCUAACCCAGAGGACCUCAAACCGUUUCCCACAACGUGCGCAGCUAUUUUUAGAGGCCAGGAAGGCCGCGUUCGGAGUGUUUCCUUCGACCCCCAAGGUAUUUUCGUCGCCAGCGGUGGCGACGAUGGCUAUGUGCGCAUUUGGGAGCUGCUUACUGGUCGUCAAGUGUGGAAUGUCAAAUUGUCGGACGAGGACGCUGUAGACGCGGUCAAGUGGAGGCCAACCAAAGAUGCAUCAAUUUUGGCGGCGGCAGCAGGAGAGAGUGUCUACCUGAUCGUGCCCUAUUCCAUUCUGUCGCCCGAUGUGGAGCAAGCAAGUCGCGACAUAUUGGACGCGGGCUGGGGUUAUGCAGCAUCGAAGCCAUCUACCACUACGAAUGGUGUGACGAAGGAACCUCCUGGCAAAUGGGCUCGACCUGGAGGUAAAUUUGAGUCCAAGGGCGUGCUGGUACAGGCCACAGUCCGUUCGAUGGUCAAGAUCAUCAAUUGGCACAGAAAGGGUGACUAUUUCGCAACGGUGUCACCUCGAGGCCAGAGUUCGGCAGUUGCUAUCCACACCUUGUCCAAGCAUCUCACACAAUUACCGUUCCGGCGGCUCAAGGGCAUUGCUCAGACGGCACAAUUUCACCCAUCCAAAGCAAUCUUCUUCGUGGCCACUCGCAACACUAUCCGAAGCUACGACCUCGCCAAGCAAGAGCUCGUCAAGAUCUUGCAACCAGGCGCGAAGUGGAUAUCGUCAAUCGACGUACACCCCGGCGGAGACAACAUCAUUGUCGGUACUUACGACAAGCGAUUACUGUGGCACGACCUCGAUCUGUCGACGAAGCCCUACAAGACGCUUCGCUUCCACCAGGAGGCGAUCCGCGCGGUGCGAUUCCAUCAAGGCGGGCUGCCGCUUUUUGCAGAUGCAAGCGACGACGGUAGUCUGCAGAUAUUCCACGGCAAGGUGGUUGGCGAUUUGAUGGAGAACGCCACCAUCGUGCCGCUCAAAGUGCUGAAAGGGCACAAGGUCAAGAGCAGGUUGGGGGUGAUGGACGUGGACUGGCACCCAAGGGAGCCAUGGUGUGUAAGCGCAGGGGCCGAUGGUACAUGCCGGCUGUGGAAUUAG